UCAACUACCACAGCUCUUGGACCUUUCAACACCCUAUCCUAUCAUUUUUUUGUUCUCUCUAUCUCUCCUUCCAUCUAGUCUCCUCUACUCACGUGUCUUCUUUAUCCUAUAUAACUGAUUUAAUUCAUGUAUUUUCACCAACAUCCACACUUGUUGGAACAUGUGGUAAACCAGUGAAUACAAGAUUUAAAAAUCCUGUACAAAAUAAUACUAUCAUAUUAUAAGGUUCUUGAGGCUUUUCAAAUGAACUUCAGGUUGAUUUUCAUUGUCCUGUUGACCCUUCAGUCAAUCACUACUUAUUCUCUUCCGUUUGUUGUCUUUCAUGGAAUAUCAGAUAAAUGUAGCAAUGGAGGCGUCAGGCAUUUCACCGAGCUUCUAAGCAAGUGGUCAGGCUCUUCAGGGCAUUGCAUAGAAAUUGGAAAUGGACCGUGGGACUCCUGGUUUAUGCCUUUUACCGAGCAGGUAGACAUUGCUUGCGAGAAGUUAAAGAAAAUGAGUGAGCUUAGUGAAGGCUACAACAUAAUCGGGCUCUCCCAGGGGAACAUGGUCGGCAGAGGGGUUAUUGAGUUCUGUGAUGGUGGACCUCCGGUGAGGAAUCUUAUAUCAUUAGGUGGUCCUCAUGCUGGGAUAGCUUCUGUUCCCUUCUGUGGAUCAGGUAUCUGGUGUAUUCUUGCAGACUCUUUGCUCAAGUUAGCAAUUUACAGCAAUUUUGUCCAGGCACACCUUGCUCCCGCAGGUUACAUUAAAAUCCCUACAGACAUAACUGACUAUAGAAAAGGAUGUAAGUUCCUUCCAGUACUCAACAAUGAGGUGCAGAGAAAUUCUACUUUCAAGAAAAGGUUUACAAGCUUGGAAAAUUUAGUACUGAUAAUGUUUGAAAAAGAUACAAUCUUGGUACCAAAGCAGACUUCAUGGUUUGGGUACUAUCCUGAUGGUUCCUUCAGCACUAUUUUGCCUGCUCAGAAGACAAAGCUCUAUACAGAAGACUGGAUUGGUCUGAAGAUGUUGGAUGAAGCUGGAAAAGUGAAGUUCUUGAAUGUAUCUGGUAGUCAUCUUGAAAUAUCUACUAGUGAAAUGAAGAAAAACAUACUACCAUACUUGGUGGAUAAUGUAUCCACUACAGUGACUACAUCAAGAUCAUCUGUCCGGGAUUUCGAAGAAAUACUCCAGCUAUACACUCAUGCUGAAACAGUUAGCUUAAGAUCAUGGAAAUUUUAGUGCAAGGAUAACUGUACGUCGGUAGCUACCUAAGGUAACUCUUAUUCAAUCCGCCCCCGGGUUGGGAGGCAUCUACCUCAUCGCGAUCAUAGGGAGAGGUAAGAUGAAGAAAAAUCAAGAUUAGAUUAUAGUCUCUUUACUUUAUCCCACACCCUGAUUUUUUGCCCUUGUGGUAUAUAUCACUUUUAUCUCUACUGUGCAUUGAUAUAACAACAUGAAAUUGUCUUUUCUA